GUGGAGGGUUGGAAGGCGGGACCAGGCCGGGUCAGGGGGUAGGGCUGAUGACAGGAGCCGUAGUGGAUCACAGUGGAGUGACCCCUCCCCAUAGAGGAGCAGAAAGACAUGAGGGACACAGACGGCAUCACAGACAGAAGCUGUACUCACCUGCACAGGUUUGUGCACAGGAAAGUCAGUGGUUGGACAGUAUAUCUCUGCUGAUAAAGGACUCAUUUGAAGGAGAGAUGCUGAUGAUUGACAACCUCUCUGGAUCUGUCUUCCAUCACUACUCCUCUACCUCUUCUCCUGUCUGGAAGGACUACAAGGGAAAUCUGCAAGAGAUCAGAUUGGCUGAGGUGGAGCAGGCAUCUCUGAUGUCAGAGCAGCUGUCUGACAAGUCGUCAUCACCGGCCCUUCCUGAUGAUCUUAGUCUGGACGACCACAGUGACUACCAGCUACUGGAGGAGAGAGGGAGCAGUGACUCCCACAGUUCUGAGGAAUUGAGGGGGAUUCAGGCUGGGUGUGGAGGGCGUUGGGGGCACGGAGGUUCUCGACCCCACAGCAGAGGCCCUGAAGAUGGGGUAGGAUUCCUGCUAGAGGUGGGCGUCCAGCCCCAGUUCCAGAGCCAGUCUCUCCAGUUCCUCCACCACAACAGAGAUAAUAACUGUAUGUCAGCAGAUGGUGAUGGCCAUCACAGUGACCAGGUUGGCAGUGUCGGAUGUAGAGGUUCCUCCUCUCCUCUCUUCCAUCUCCCCGUGGAGUUCUUUCACCCCGCCACAGCCACAGCGGUCCCCCCACCCAUCCCCAGGACCGGGGUAGACCCAGGGGGGAGAGAGGCAUCCAGGCUGCCUUCCCCAGCCUCCUGGGCCUCUCUGCGCUCCCCAGGGGCCAACAGCAGGGUCCUAGCCUCCCCAGGGGCCAACAGCAGGGUCCUAGCCUCCCCAGGGGCCAACAGCAGGGUCCUAGCCUCCCCAGGGGCCAACAGCAGGGUCCUAGACUCCCCAGGGGCCAACAGCAGGGACCUAGACUCCUCAGGGGCCAACAGCAGGGACCUAGACUCCUCAGGGGCCAACAGCAGGGUCCUAGACUCCCAGCACCUGUCCCACAGUGACUCGUCCCUGGCCACAGGCAGCUCCGAGGGCAGCCUGCAGACCACCCUGGAGGAAGGUCUCAGCUUUAGCGUCUCCCCCCCUCGAAGAGACCUGGGACUCUCCCUGGCCCUGCCUCUCCUCUGCCCUCUCCCCCUCCCUCACCUCGACGAAUCCCGACAAACCCCCAGAUCGCUGGGUCACCCCUCAAUGAGAGGCCGCAGUACCGCAUUCAACCUCCAAGCCACUAGAGGGCAACAGAGGAGCCAGAGCAGCUGUGGCAGCAGCACCAGUCCCGGCUGCCCAAGGCAAGACUCUAUGGACCCUUCAGAUGACGAUUGUGGGAUAGGAACAGGAGGCGAAGGAUCCAGUCAGGCUUUUAACAGUGAACAUUUAUCAGAGACACUUAGUAGUUUGUCUCUGACGUCACUGCUGUCACCUAGCUCCCUGGCACCCCCGCUGGUGAAAAAGUGUAAUAGCACUGGGAGUUUGGACCAAGCAAAUCUUUCUGUCAGGAAUAAAGAUGGACAACAGUACUAUGAGAUAGAUGCUCAUGGGUACCUCACCAACCCUUGGACUGAGAAGAGGGGUGGACAGGAAGGGGAGACGGGGUUUGGAGUUAAAAGUACGAGUCAGAUGAUGGAUGCCGGCUCGAGGAAAAACAGAUGAAACUUUAACUAUCGGUUGGAACUUUUUUUUCUUCUCAAGAGGUGUUUGAUUGAUAUCUGUUCAGUGAACUCAUCUCCUCCCUCUUUCUCUCUCUCUUUUUCGUCAGUGAGGUGUCCAUGUUCUCAUCCUUCCAUGACGAUUGGGUGAAAAUUGAAGCUGAGGGAUUGGUAUACAUUUUGUGGAGGAUUACAAUGACUUCUGGGUAAUGGAGUUUAAUCAAGGCAUCUCAUUUUCCGAGACAUAGGGAUAUUCUUUGAGAGGACUACAGCAAUGACAGGACCCUUGAAAAACAUGCUAAUUCUGGGCUUGCAUGGAGCAUAGUCACCCUCAUCCAUACACCAAAAGAAAAUCAACAACAAAAAAGUACCAAAAUGUGAAUUUCGUGUGAGCGUUGUCGGAAACAAUGAUGAAACUCCAAACAUUGAUGAAACUCCAAAAGAAAACAAUUGGGUUCUCCUUGACUAACAGGGCUAGCUUAGCUUAGCGGCUAAUGCUAACGCUCCUGUGACUGACAACAGGGCUAGCAUAGCCCAGUGGCUAAUGGUAGUCUAAUGCUUUUGUCUUCUUGAAAAAAGACAAUGCUUAUUAUUAAGAUAAGCAGAUUGUAGUCCUUUCGAUGAGACUUUGUACAGAGUUGUUUUUUUAUUCACAUCUAUAAGGUAGCAUUGAUUACCAACUUUUCCUUUUAGCUAACUAACAUUUGAUAGGUGAAAGAAAAUCAAGGUUGCAUAUUUGAUGGGUUUUCUAAUUAUAAAACAAAUUGGAUCUGUAUGAAUGCAGAUGUGUCCCUCUGUGUGUGUUAGGGUGAGAUAUAAAGGCUAAUCUAGAAAUACUAGAAAUAGCAAAAGGGCACCUUUGAAUGGAAAAAAAUCAAUAUGUGAGAGCUAUAGUGAAGAGACGUGGGGAGUGAAUGAGAACAUAUGCCGUACCAUAGAGGAAUAGGCCAUGUUCUCAUGAAUCCCCCAUGAACCAAGGGCUUCAGAGAAGAUGAUGCUCUCCUGUCCCUACUGGAUAGGUGCACCAUAUUCAAUGAGAGAUCGAGAUCGGACACCAUCUUGGUUGGUGAAACACAAAGUAAAACGAAGUCCCGGUCAGUUUCACAAAAUGGAGUUCUUGUCUCUUGUCCCCCCCCUUGUUGACAUUUGUGCAGCGUUGUGUAUCGACGUUUUGAAGGAAAAUUGUAUACCUCAGGUGGAUUACAGAAAACACUGAAGUGGAUCUAUAAAAUAUUUUUUUCAACGCUCACACUCAGAUGGUCACAUAAAUACACACGCGCACACACACCACAACCACAAAGAUGUCAAAGAUGUCACCUUAACUGCAGUGUUUUGGUUUUUCUUGAAGACAGGAAGAGAUCAGAGAGGAACAAAUCUCUCACUCGAUCGCUCGUCGUCCAACUUAUCCCCCUUUCAUUCUUUCUCAUUAUCCAUUUGAAUUAAAGGGGCACUCCACUAUUUUCUAACGUCAUAUUCAAUAUCUCCAUGUGGACACUGGCAUGUUGCAGGAAGGACAUUAGGAAUAUCAGGUUAAAUAAGUAGCGAAGUGCCACUUUAAAAAACCCACGUUGGAAAAGCCCGUUUAUUUAACAUAUUAUUUCCCCCGUGUAUGAGAUAUGCAAUAUUUGAAGCAUACAGAUAUAUAUGACACAGGUAUAGGUAGAAGACAGGCAAGAGGGUUCAAAUAUAUCGCUAUUAUGUAUUACAGUAAAAUGUCAAUAGGCUCCAAUGAGAUUCAAUGGUCAUUCAAUUAUGAUGUGUUAGAAUGUCUGUGUAUUCCAAGAUGGUAGGAUGAGGAUGUCUUUUGUUCUUGUCUUUUCCCCCGCCCCCUAAGUUGCAUGUUGUUAUUCUUUUGUGAAAUGUCAUUUUAGAGUCAUAAAAGUGGAUUAGCUUCUCAA